AUGUGCUAUGUGUCUGCGAAUCGCUUUAUACACAGAGAUCUUGCACUACGCAAUAUAGCUAUAAUUGGUAAUCAAACUGCAAAGAUUUCCAAUUUUAACUUUGCUACGGAAGAGAAUAGUUAUGCACCUCCGUUACAUCACUAUUGCAUCAAGUGGAUGGCACCAGAAUCAAUAAAAGAAGAGCUGUAUACUAGUAAAUCUGAUAUUUGGGGCUUUGGUAUAUUGUUGUGGGAGUUAUUUUCUAGCGGAAGUGAACCUUAUGCCGAAAUUUCAGGAGACUCCAUAUUAGGUGUGAUCGAAGGCGGUUUGCGGUUAGACUGCCCGGAGAAUUGCUCCCCUAAUGUGUAUCAUAUUAUGAAAGACUGUUGGAAUGCUUUACCGAAAGAUAGGCCGACGUUUGUAAGAAUAAAAGAGUUGUUAUUAAAUUUAAAGGCGAAGAUAAUGCAGGGCCAACAUAAUGAUAUUCCUGAAUUUCAACCAGUUGUUAAUGAUAAUGAAGUUACUAUCUAA